GCGCCACGCUGCUGAUGUGUGCAAGGCGUGCCUGCGCUGCAGCGCUCUGCAAAUUGCAAGUGCUGCAAGUGAGGGCGGCGCUGGUCGACGCCGGUGGUCGGGGCUGGAAGACCAGACGUUCUGGACGCAGAAACUCACUUUUCUUCAAGCCUGCAUAACGGGUCAGCGGGGCACUGGCACGCUCCACUCCUGAUCUCAAGGAGUUGCCAGUGCACUCCCUGGAUUGGACACCAGGCCAGUGACUACUGCUGAAGCAUCAUCACCAGCAACAUCAGCAUCAUCAUCAGCAGCAGCAGUGAUGUACAGCAGUCUGCAGCAGUCUGACGGGCCGACCGGCGCCGCGCCGACGCCCGUCCGUCGCCGGCGACAGCGCUACGGCCGUCGUCUCUUCUCGCCAGUGUGGCCAAAUUGGUGAUGUUGCGGGGAAAGUCACCCCCAAUGAAAAGUAUAAUGACAUCCUCAGAAAUUUUAAAAUUACAUCAUCACAACGUUUUUGUUGUGAAAGCAUACCUAGUGAAGGAAUAAAGACUAAAAAUGUUCCAAUGUACGAUUCACACCGUCAUACUCGUACUGUCGCGCUUGCAAUGUUUUUUUCAUCAUUGAUGACAAUAUUUGAUUUUUUUUUUUACUUUUCACCAGAGUUUGACGUCAGGUAUAGUUUUUCCACAUAACUUGUAAAAACUGUACCUAAAAUGACACUGAAGACGAGUUUUUUGAAAAUAGUGACAUCCUCAUCCAACUUUUUUAUACAUCCUCCCCCUAACGCUAAACCAAUUUGGCCACACUGCUUCUCGCUGUCACUCUCCUCAGCCGGCAAGAUGCUGCGUCGACGCAUUCCACAGGCUGGUCACCUGAUGACCUCCAAGUCACUGUGGAUGACGGAGGUGCCCACAGAGGACUGUGAUGUUCUGGUGACAUUUCCCGCUCGGACCUCUGAGGAGACGGUCGAGUGGUUCAUCAGCCGGAUACGACAGCGAACCGACCUGAUCGUCACCGCCAGACAGCACCCGGCCGACAACACCUACCGACUAUAUGUGACGGCCACCACACAGAGCCUGCUGAAGUGGGCCGAGCUGACGGAGCUGCCGAAGCGGAUGACGUCCGAGCACGGCGGCGGAUUCAAGGAGUUCACCCUGCAGAACGCCGGCUUCUUCGAGGGGUUCGAGGACAAGGAGUCGUUCCUUACUAACCAGGAGAGACAGUCCCUGGUGCUCUGUAUGAUCAACAACCUACGGGCAGCACGCAGUGAGCAGGUGUGCGGUCUGAAGCUGAUCGAGGGUCAGGCCAUCAUUCCAAAGUGUCUGUCGCGUGGUAUCGUCUCUCAAAUGUUCCCGCUACACGACCUGCCCAAGCUGAAGCGACUCAACACGUCCUGGGUGCGAGCCUUCACCAAAACUCAGCCGCUCGAUGAGAUCUCUGACUACUUUGGUGUCAAGAUCGGCAUCUACUUCGCCUGGCUGGGCCACUACACCCGCUCAUUGAUUUUGCCGUCACUGAUCGGCAUCAUAUACUGGGGGAAGAGCUUUCGGAAGGAGACACAGGCCGAGGAUGACCUGUGGUUCGUGUUGUUCGCCUUCUUCAACGUGUUCUGGUCGACCGUGUAUCUGGAGAGCUGGAAGCGGCGCUCGGCGGAGCUGGCUCACAGCUGGGGAACGCUGGACACGAGGGAUGAGCUGAUCCAGGAGCCGCGGCCCCUCUUCAAGGGUGAACUGCAGGUAUCAGCGGUAACUGGUAAACUGGAGCUGGGCUGUCCGUGGUGGCGCCAGAGCCUGCGCCGCUACCUGAUCGGCUGGCCGCUGACUGCCGGCUGUAUCGCUGCCGACGUGUUCGUCAUGUGGACCCUGCUCGAACUUCAGUUCUGGUGGGAGAAGCACACGCAAGAGUGGGGCUACGGGGCGUGGACCAACUACUUCCCCAAGAUCCUGAUGGCGUUCGUCAUUGGCGCAAUGGAGAACAUCUACAAAAAGGUGGCCGUGUGGCUCAAUGAGUUCGAGAACUAUAGGCUCGAGGAAAGCUAUCAGAACCAUCUGAUUGUGAAGCUGGCACUGUUCCAAUUUGUCAACUCCUUCGCGUCGCUGUUCUACAUCGCCUUCUACCUACAAGAUAUGGAGCGAUUGAAACGGCAAUUGGGAACUCUGCUCAUCAUCCGCCAAGUCGUGGGCAACGUGAAGGAGUCGCUAAUUCCGUUCCUCAAGGGUCAGAUGAAGUUGGCCCAGAUGAGCUUCGCCAUGUUCGGCGCAGUUUCGCCAUCUAUGGAGGAGAAACCGAAGCCAGAGUUGGAGACCCCGCCGGAAGAUGGCAACUCGGCGGCCACACCGAGCUCCGGCCCAGACGUUAGAAAUAUCAGCCAGGCGGAGAUUGAAUCAGCCAUGCCGCAGUAUGACGGCACGUUCGAGGACUACCUGGAGAUGUUCAUCCAGUUUGGCUACGUCAUCCUCUUCUCGUCAGCGUUCCCGCUGGCGGCAGUGUGUGCGCUGCUCAACAACAUCAUAGAGAUACGCAGCGACGCCUUCAAGUUGUGCGCCAUCUUCCAGCGGCCGUUCGGCCAGCGGGCGAGGAACAUCGGCACCUGGCAGGACGCGAUGGAAGUGAUGGGCGUGGUGGGAGUGAUGGUCAACUGCGCCCUCAUCGGAAUGUCCGGUCCCGUACACCGGCUCUUCCCAAACAUAUCUACGGCACAGACCGUGCUGCUCAUCAUUGUGCUGGAGCACGUUCUGCUGCUGCUGAAGCUGCUGCUGUCGUACGCCAUCCCAGACACUCCAGCCUGGCUGCAGACUGAGAUAGCCAAGAUCGAGUUUAACCGGCGAGAGCUGCACAAACGUUCCCUGUCGUUCAGCAGGCAGACGAGCUUCUCGUCAUCGGUGGACUCGAGCCCUCAGCAUCAGAGGCCGGUGCCGAUUCCGGUGACGCCGGGGGUAGCCGCGGACCACGGAGCCGACUCCUCAGACCGCUGCUGCCAGACCGAACCCUACCUGGACCGGCGACCGCGCACCCUCUCCGUGGGCUGCCAGUACGAGCCGCCUCUCAUACGACCCCGCCGUAUCAGCGAUCGGGGUCCGGACCCGGGCGCCGCCACGCCCAGUCCGGGCAGCACGCCCGGAGCCGGACCGGCGCCCGUGAUCGGCCCGGCGGCCGGCACCAGUCCGGGCCGCGCGCCGCCCGCCCACCGGCUCACUCGGCAGUAUACCCUCGACGCUGACCAACUGCGGCAGCGUCGGCAAACGCCGCCGGCAGCGCCGCCCAGCGGGCCGGACAGGAGGCUCAGCUUCGACCACUCGCGGGAGGGCGGCGCCACGGUGCGCCCCGAGCGGCCGGAACUGCCCCGACGGCUGACUGAGGAGCGUGAUGACGGCGCUGGAGGUCUGGUGCGGGGCAGCCCGGCUCCCGACACUGCUCCGAGCGCUGAGGGAGCACCGGAGCCGGCCAACGGAGCACCCCCGGAGCCGCGGGAGCCGCCGGCGGGAGCGCCGUCCGCGACAACGGAGGAGACCACCGACACCCAUCAACCUACCGGCACUAGUCCUCUGAAGAAACACAAACCGAGACUGGCCUUCCUCAACCGCACCAAAUCCCUCUCGCAUCUGUUCCACAAGAACGGCAGCGGCGGUGGCAGCAGCCGACGGCGGGAGGCGCGCCGUGCGGAGGAGGCGGCGGCGCUCACACCUCCUCCGGUGCUCGGUGAACUGAGUGUGUUAGACCCCGACCAGCUGGUGUUACUCUCGGACAUUCAGAACAACGACCCUCGGGCCUAGCUGGGUCGCUGGCUGAGCCGAGGCGGGUAGGGUUGUGUCAUGUGCGCUGCUGACGUGAGGUGAAACUUGGCGGUGCCCUAACCGCGCAGGUGUGGUGUUGAAUUGUGCAUUGAACUGUCUGGUAUUGAGCUGUGGCGUAUGAGGGUCAGGGUCUGCGUAUGUUAAUUCAGGGACAGCGGUUGGGUGAUCUGUGCGUGUGUGUUGCUCGGCCUCUCAGGCUACCAGUGAGCUUCCCUUGGAGUGGCGGCCGGCCUCUGUCCCCCCGCCCUGUGCGGCGUGCCUUCUCAUUGAGUUAGCUUUGUCAGCGUGGUGGAGCGAGUGAAAGGCCGGAAGGAGUUGAAGGGCUUUCCAUGGUAGAUGGCGCUGAAGUCGAGGAAGUGAGAAAGGUGUGGGGUGGCUCGGUUGAGGUGAUAUGACUGGAAAGUGGAAUCAUGGCGCAGUUAUUUUGUUAUUGUUUUGUUUGCCUUGCUGUGUAUAAUUUACCGCAUUUAUGCAUGGUUUUUAGAGCUCAUAGCAGUGCUCUCAUCUUGGUUCAGGGUCCAUACUUGCCAUGAUUUGCGUGCUGUCGUCUCGUCCCGGUGACUCCGGUAGCCUGUGGUAUUCGGUCGGCGGGCGGCCCUGCAUACAUUCCCAGUUGGUAGCUAGUGCUGAGCGGCGGCCAGGCUGUUGUGAUGUACGCGCCACGCCGCGUCAUGUCAUGGUGUCACGUGAGAUGUGUUCGUGUCGCUCGGCACACCGUGUAUCAGGAAAAUAUACACCGAUAAAGCUCA